ACAGUGGGUAUGUCUCGCCCAAUCAUGCCAGCUCACACGACCACGAUCGAGCACACGCUCGCUCGCACUCCCAAUCCCGGUCGCCGUACACUCAAUCACGCACACACUGGUGCGUACAAAUACAGGUUCCAUGAUGUCGCGAAGCUCGCGCACGCCGUCGCCCACACCUGUACCCCGACCCAGACAAGCCCAGGCAAGCACUCUGCAGGCCCAGUUGAAUGCCGGUGAGAAGGAUAAUGGCCAGGAACAUAGAGUGGGGUCUCAGAAAGCUGGUAGUACUGAUAGUAACAGCCAACAUCAACAUCAACAUCAACAUCAAUCCAACUCAGCAAAGGCAGGUAGUCUGGAUACAGCAGUUGGUGUGGAGAAAGAUACGACCAUAUAUACGGCCAAUACCCCGCAAGAAUGUUCAACAACAGAUAUGGAAGCGAUCGAAAGCAACAAAGGGCCCCCAGAGCGGCCGUCUGGUCGACCCGAUAUGUCAACUCGGGCAUUGAGCAAACCCUAAAGCGCAUACAUAUAUAUGGAUAUGUCUGUGAGAAUUCUAGAUUUGUCAAGUUGUAGAAGCACGUGAUGAGUAGUAUUUUAAUGUCACGUUCCGUUUUGGUACAAUCUGUGAUAUGUGUAGGAGGGUCAUCGCUGAAAGCACCAUUACAAACAAGCCGCUGUGCUUAUUUAAAUGGCAUUUUUUUUAGAUUAGACGCCUGCUACAUACCCAAAAAAGGAUAAAAGAACAUCGCAAUGC